UGUAUUUGGGUUAAUUUACUUUUCGUGUAUUUCUGUAUUUUACGCGAUGAAUUCCUUUUAAUAAUAGUUUUGUGCGACUUAAAUAGACCUAAGGGAACAUUGCGAGAUGGAUUUCUUUAAGAGUGGACUGAAAACUGUGUUGGGAACCCCGGAGUCAGGCAAUCUUCCGUCGCCAGCCGAAACCGUGGAGCGCUUAGUAGACCGUGUUAACAACUCAACAUUGCUGGAGGAUCGUAGAGAUGCUUGCCGGGCACUCAAGGCAAUGUCACGCAAAUACCGCGUUGAAGUUGGCGCACAAGGCAUGGAUACUCUUAAACAGGUGCUAGAGCUGGACCGUCAAGAUAACGAAACAAUAAACUACGCUCUCGAUACGCUUAACAAUGUUAUGUGUCCCGCACAAUUUGAAGAGGAAGAAGACAAUCCGCACGUCCCCAUGAAUAUUGGUGAGCAAUUCACCGAAAUGUACAUCAAGGACCCCCAAAACAUACAAGUCCUACUGGAUUUGCUAGACGAAUAUGACUUCAGAGUCAGGCUAUCUGCUGUGCAUCUGCUUAUAUCACUUUUGACAAACAGAGCGAAGGAUAUUCAAGAAAUCAUACUCGUAAAACCUAUGGGGGUAUCUAAAAUGAUGGAUUUACUGUCAGAUACAAGAGAAGUUAUACGUAAUGAAGCAUUAUUGCUAUUGAUAAAACUGACUAAAGGAAAUGCUAACAUACAGAAAAUUGUAGCAUUCGAAAACGCAUUUGAUAGACUGUUUGAUAUUGUCUCUUCAGAAGGUUAUUCGGAUGGAGGAAUUAUUGUUGAAGAUUGCUUAUUACUUAUGUUGAAUUUGUUGAAGAAUAAUAGUAGUAAUAUUAACUUUUUUAAAGAAGGUAGUUAUAUUCAGAAGAUGUUACCAAUGUUUCAAACACCAGACGAGAAUGAGGACCUAGGUUGGUCACCGCAGAAGGUUUCUAAUGUGCACUGUAUGUUACAGAUAGUACGUACAUUGGUAUCACCUAGUAAUUCAGCUCAGAUUAUAUCUAGUUGUCAGAAAAUUAUGAAGAAAACAGGAUUGCUAGAAUCUCUGUGUAAUAUUUUAAUGGCAAGUGGAGUUCCAGCUGACAUUUUGACAGAGACAAUAAAUACUGUGGGAGAAGUAGUUAGAGGAGAUGUGACAAAUCAGGAGUAUUUGGGAAGUGUGAUGGCGCCUUCGAAUCCUCCAAGACCAGCAAUAGUCGUGCUCCUGAUGUCUAUGGUUAAUGAGAAACAGCCAUUUUCGUUGAGAUGCGCCGUCCUGUACUGCUUCCAAUGCUACCUGUACCACAAUGAGGUGAGCCAGGCGAACCUCGUCCAAACCUUGCUGCCAUCCGCCACCGACGUGUCGAGCCUCACCAGCGGACAGUUACUUUGUGGAGGUUUAUUCUCUGCCGACGCGCUGUCGAAUUGGUUCGCAUCAGCAGCCCUAAUGCGUGCGCUAUGCGACAACCCUGCCCAGAAAGAGCUGCUGCUAAGAGUGCUGUUGGCGACGAAUAUCGGGAGCACCCCAGUCACUUUGCUGCAUCAUUGCACUUUGCUGCUGCAGCAGACUACUAAGCUGCAGUCGAAGGUAAGCGAAGGAAUUCCUUUACUUGAGAUAGGACGGUCGCGAGUACAGUCAACGAAGGCGCCGAUUCGAUUAUUCAAAAGUUGUCAAAAUUGUAGUAAAACAAGUAACUUAUACAGUGUUCACUGAUUUAAACUUCCACGAUUUUCACACAUUAUUUGAUUUUAAAUUCGGCACAUAAUCGUGUACAAAAACAUAUCUUAUUUAC